AUGAAUUCUUCUCAUGUAAACAUAUCUAUCUCAGUCUAUUUAUAUCUAUCUGUUUAUUCAUUUAUUCCAGUUUAUUCAUUAUCUAUCUAUUAUAUUCCGUUUUUAUCUAGUUAUCUAUCUGUAUACCUAUCUAUUUAUCUCAUUCUGUUUUUAUUUAUCUAUCUAUCUAUAUAUAUAUCUAUUUUAGUCUGUUUAUAUCUAUCUAUCUAUCUAUCUAUCUAUCUAUCUAUCUAUCUAUCUAUCUAUAUCUGUUUAUAUCUAUCUAUCUUUGUUUUUAUUUAUCUACAUAUCUAUCUCAAUAUAUUCAUAUCUAUCUCUCUAUCUAUCUAUUAUAGUCUUCUGUUAUAUCUAUCUAUCUAUAAUCUGUUUUUAUCUCUCUCUCUCUAUCUAUUUUUUUUAUUUAUCUAUCUCAAUAUAUUCAUAUCUAUCUAUCUAUCUAUCUAUCUAUCUAUCUAUCUAUCUAUCUAUCUAUCUAUCUUACCUACCUACCUAUUCACAUCUAUCUAUCUAUCUAUCUAUCUAUCUAUCUAUCUAUCUAUCUAUCUAUCUAUCUAUGUCUGUACAUACACAUUUAUUUAUAAUAUUCACACUUAUCUAUUUGUUUCAGUCUGUUCAUAUAUAUCUAUUUAA